AUGGCGGACUCCCAGCUGAUGUGCCUGGACGACACGCACGUGAACGAGAAGGUGACCGAGGCCCAGGCCAGGUUCUACUACAGCGAGGAGCAGCGCCGGGCGCUGCAGGCGCUGGUCGCCAAGGGCGAGCCGGGCUACCGGGAGCGGCUGCAGGACGGGCCGCUGCGGGACUUCCUCUCCAGCCGCGAGCUGCGAGCCCUGCCGGACGCCUGGCGCCGCUAUGAGGCGCACCUGGAGGGCGCCGGCAGCGCCGGCGGCGGAGGCGUCUCGCUGGCCUACUGGCCGGAGUGCUCCGACACUGAGGUGCCGCCGCUGGACUUGGGCUGGACGGACAAGAACUUUUACCGGGGCAUCAGCCGGGUGAGUCUCUUCACCCACCCCAGGAAGGAGGAGAACGCGCCGCACCUCAGGCAGGUCAUUCGGGAGAUGAUCCAGCAGGCACACAGGAUCAUUGCAGUGGUAAUGGAUCUGUUUACAGACCGGGACAUCUUCCAGGAUAUUGUGGACGCAGCAUACAAGCGCCGUAUCCCAGUGUAUAUAAUCCUGGAUGAGGAGGGUGUGAAGUUCUUCCUGGAGAUGUGCAAGUGUAUGAAUCUUAGUAGCUUCCAGAUCCAGAACAUCCGUGUACGUUUUGUGACGGGAGUUGGGUUCUAUAUGCCAUCAGGGAAGAUCAAAGGCACCUUGGCCUCCCGGUUCCUGAUGGUGGAUGGUGAACAAGUGGCCACUGGGUCCUACAGUUUCACUUGGAGCUCAUCCCACAUCGACAGAAACAUCCUCCUGUUGUUGACAGGGCAGAAUGUGGAGAUGUUUGACAUAGAGUUUCGUGAGCUCUACGCCAUCUCUGAGGAAGUCAAUCUCUACAAGGAGCUGAACAUUGCUAGCCCUUUUCAUUCAGGAGCUGGGAUAUCAGAGCUUCGCUCCUCCACUGUGUCUCGUAAGAUGAUCAACCCCAAGUAUGGUCUAGUGACAAGACCUGCCCCUGGUGAAAUGUUCUGGGCUUCGCGCCAGAGGCAGGAGUCACAGGGGAAACUGGAAAGGAAUGAGGAGGAAAGUGAGUCAAAGAAGCGGCUGAAUCAGUUUCUGAAUGACUUGAUCACGGUGGAGCAGGUGCUACCAGAAAUUCUGCCACCUCUCGAGAACUUGGGGAGAGUGAAUCGGAGUCCCCAGAGAUUGCUCUCCUUUUUCCAUCGGGAUCCGAAACGUAAGUCCAAAUCCAGGGAGUCCAUUCGUGACACCAAGAAGGAUGAGGAGGCUGGCAGUUCUGUUGCCAACGGGGAAUCCAACUCCAAGCAGGGUAAAAUGAACCCAAACUCUUCCACAGGGGAUAAAACCAAAGGGUCAGCCUGUGUGAUGUCUUGAUCUGGAAGGAAUGUCAGGAGAAUUGAAGACCCCAAAAGAGCAUUUGAUGGAACAUAUGACUUCUUACCCAUUUAAAACCUGCAGACUUGUUCUCACACAAAUGGUCUUUCAAACCAUUGUAAUGUCCGGGAUGCAGCUUGCACCUCCAGUGAAAGCACAUGUGUUGCACAAAGCAUAAAAAUGUGGGUGGUUCCUAUAUAAGGAUUAGCGGUGAAAGUGUUAAUGUCAAUAUUUAACUGUGAUAAUUGGAACUCGGAGCUAAACCCGCACUGAGAUGAAUGCAGGGGAGCUUUCCACUUCUUAAUGCAGCUAUUUCAAUCUAUCUAACUACAGACUCAAAAGGACAGCAUUGCAUCAUUUGGGAGAAAAUUGUGAAAUCUGCAGAUCAUGUGGAUUUUCCUUUUCCAUGGAUUUCUAUAGAUUUCUGUUAUCAGCAGGGACAGCUAGAAGAUUCAGUGGAUGAAGAAUGUGGAUUUGGCUGGAAGAGACCAGGGGGUUAGUAUGCUAGCUCUUCACUUCAUGUCAACCAACUGAGCUGAAUGAUUUGGUGGUAAUUUCCCCUCAGGAGAAGACAAGGUUUGGAAUACAAGGGAAUGCUUCAGACCAAGAUUGAGGUGCGUGUGAGGCCCCAGACCUAGGAUAGCAAGGAGUGCUGCAAAAUUAUACAGGGCCACAGGAGGUGAAUCAUAAAAUCAGUUUAAUCAUUAAUUCCAUGCCAUCUUGAUCUUAAUGGAAAGUGAGUGAGUAAAGGGACACAUCUUGACGGCUGAAAAGACAAGGAGAAAUGGGUGACAGUUUCAAACAUCUGGCUUACUUUCCAUUUUUAGUUAACCUCCCCCUUCCAAAUGCAUAAAAACAGAGGUCCCCAUCCCAUAAAUAUAUGGAGACACCAGUUAUUGUGCACACCCCCAUUGGAUUCAUUCAGUAUUUGGACUAGCAUUUUGUACUGAUGUGUUUGAGUGAAUUUUUGCAGGCUUCAACAAACCCUCAGUGAUUUGUAAGAAAAAUACAUCAUAAUGGUAAAUAACCACCUACAUACAAAUAAUAUAUUUGUACUAAAACGUUAUUGAACACAGCAAAGGAAAUAUGGUUUCUUUAAUGAAAAUGAACAAAGUUCAGCACACGUUCCGGUUGUACUUGGAAUUUGUAGCAAAGAACACCCACCCAGAAAUAAACUAUC